CCGCCGCCGCUGCCGCCUCGGCCAUGCGGCUCCCGGGCCGGGGGCCUGGGCUCGGGCCCGCGCCGCCCCUCGCGCGUCUCCCCCGCUGAGCCCGCGCCCGGCCGGGGCGCCGCCGGCACCAUGGUGCAGAAGUCGCGCAACGGCGGCGUGUACCCCGGCCCGAGCGGGGAGAAGAAGCUCAAGGUGGGCUUCGUGGGCUUGGACCCCGGCGCGCCCGACUCCACCCGGGACGGCGCGCUGCUCAUCGCCGGCUCCGAGGCUCCCAAGCGCGGCAGCAUCCUGAGCAAGCCGCGCGCGGGGGGCGCGGGCGCCGGGAAGCCCCCGAAGCGCAACGCCUUCUACCGCAAGCUGCAGAAUUUCCUGUACAACGUGCUGGAGCGGCCGCGCGGCUGGGCGUUCAUCUACCACGCCUACGUGUUCCUGCUGGUCUUCUCCUGCCUCGUGCUGUCGGUCUUCUCCACCAUCAAGGAGUACGAGAAGAGCUCGGAGGGAGCGCUCUACAUCUUGGAAAUCGUGACCAUCGUGGUGUUCGGUGUGGAGUACUUUGUGCGGAUCUGGGCGGCGGGCUGCUGCUGCCGGUACCGCGGCUGGAGGGGGCGGCUCAAGUUCGCCCGGAAGCCCUUCUGUGUGAUAGACAUCAUGGUGCUCAUCGCCUCCAUUGCUGUGCUGGCCGCCGGCUCCCAGGGCAACGUGUUCGCCACGUCGGCGCUCCGCAGCCUGCGUUUCCUGCAGAUCCUGCGCAUGAUCCGCAUGGACCGGCGCGGCGGGACCUGGAAGCUGCUGGGCUCCGUGGUCUACGCCCACAGCAAGGAGCUGGUGACGGCUUGGUACAUCGGUUUUCUGUGCCUCAUCCUGGCCUCCUUCCUGGUUUACUUGGCUGAGAAGGGGGAGAACGAUCACUUUGACACCUACGCCGAUGCCCUGUGGUGGGGCCUGAUCACCCUGACGACCAUUGGUUACGGGGACAAGUACCCCCAGACCUGGAACGGGAGGCUCCUGGCCGCCACCUUCACCCUCAUUGGCGUCUCCUUCUUCGCUCUUCCCGCGGGCAUUCUGGGGUCUGGCUUUGCUCUGAAAGUUCAAGAGCAACAUCGGCAGAAGCACUUUGAGAAGAGGCGGAACCCUGCAGCAGGCCUGAUCCAGUCGGCCUGGAGGUUCUACGCCACCAACCUGUCCCGCACGGACCUCCACUCCACGUGGCAGUAUUACGAGCGCACGGUGACUGUGCCCAUGUACAGCUCGCAAACUCAAACCUACGGGGCCUCCAGACUCAUCCCGCCCCUGAACCAGCUGGAGCUUCUGCGGAACCUUAAGAGCAAAUCCGGGCUCACCUUCAGGAAGGAGCCUCAGCCGGAGCCGUCUCCCAGGCCGGCGGGAGACUUUCUGUGCGGCCCCCUCACGGCCGCUGCUUGGACGCGGGCGCGGUGGGCGGACCCCAAGCCCAGAGCCGCGGCCGCAGGUAAAGGCAGACCGUGCAGAGAGUCCCUGUGUGGAUGCUGCCCCGGACACACUAGUCAGAAGGUCAGUUUGAAAGACCGUGUCUUCUCCAGCCCCCGAGGUGUGGCUGCCAAGGGCAAGGGGUCCCCUCAGGCCCCGACCGUCCGGCGGUCUCCCAGCGCCGACCAGAGUCUGGAGGACAGCCCGAGCAAGGUGCCGAAGAGCUGGAGCUUUGGGGACCGCAGCCGGGCGAGGCAGGCCUUCCGGAUUAAGGGCGCGGCGUCCCGGCAGAACUCGGAAGCGAGCCUCCCCGGGGAAGACAUCGCAGAAGACAUUAAGAGCUGCAACUGCGAGUUUGUGACGGAAGAUCUGACCCCGGGCCUCAAAGUCAGCAUCCGGGCCGUGUGUGUGAUGCGGUUCCUGGUGUCCAAGCGCAAGUUCAAAGAGAGCCUGCGGCCGUACGACGUGAUGGACGUGAUUGAGCAGUACUCGGCCGGCCACCUGGACAUGCUGUCCCGCAUCAAAAACCUGCAGUCCAGGAUAGAUAUGAUUGUGGGCCCCCCACCCCCUUCAACUCCCCGGCACAAGAAGUACCCCACCAAAGGACCCACGGCCCCUCCGAGAGAGUCACCCCAGUACUCACCUAGAGUGGACCAGAUCGUGGGGCGGGGCCCGGCGAUCACCGACAAGGACCGCACCAAGGGCCCGGCCGAGGCGGAGCUGCCCGAGGACCCCAGCAUGAUGGGGCGGCUGGGAAAAGUGGAGAAGCAGGUCCUGUCCAUGGAGAAGAAGCUGGAUUUCCUGGUGAACAUCUACAUGCAGCGUAUGGGCAUCCCCCCGACGGAGACGGAGGCCUACUUUGGGGCCAAGGAGCCAGAGCCCGCGCCGCCAUACCACAGCCCCGAGGACAGCCGGGAGCACGGCGACAGAGGCGCCUGCAUCAUCAAGCUUAUCCGCUCAGCCAGUUCCACGGGCCAGAAGAACUUCUCGGCGCCCCCGGCCCAGUGCCCGCCGUCCACCUCGUGGCAGCAGCAGUGCCCCCCGCGCCAGGGCCACGGCACCUCCCCCGUGGGUGACCCCGGCUCGCUGGUGCGGAUCCCGCCCCCUCCUGCCCACGAGCGGUCGCUCUCGGCCUACAGCGGGGGGCCCCGGGCCAGCACAGAGUUCCUGAGGCACGAGGGGGCCCUGCGGGACAGCGACACGUCCAUCUCCAUCCCGUCGGUGGACCACGAGGAGCUGGAGCGCUCGUUCAGCGGCUUCAGCAUCUCCCAGUCCAAGGAGAACCUGGACGCCCUCAACAGCUGCGGUGCGGCCGCCGCACCCUGCGCCAAAGUCCGGCCCUACAUCGCAGAGGGCGAGUCGGACACGGACUCGGACCUCUGCACCCCCUGCGGGCCCCCGCCACGCUCCGCCACCGGGGAAGGCCCUUUCGGUGACGUGGGCUGGGCCGGGCCCCGGAAGUGAGGCCGCCCGCCGGCCUCUCCCUAACUCUCGGCCUUCCAGGCUGGAGUCCCCCGGUGGUCACCGAUUCGACACAGUAACACGGAAGCCAAGGGGGCGACAUUCUCUCCUCUACUGGCCCCACGUUCAGGGGCCCUCCGUAGAGCAUGUGCCCCCUGCCUGUGCCGGGUGUGGAUGGAAUCGGCCCUGAGACGUUUCUAGACGCUUCUUGAAGCCCAGAGGUGUGGAUGGCCCCUGGGAGGCCUUUGUAGAAAUGCUGAUGUUUGUAUCUAUUUCGUAUUCUCCCCAAAUUGUAAAUAAUGUACAGAGCGGUGGGCUCAGGGGUUCGUCCCUGACGUGACGCUGCAAGACCGGAGUGAAGACGCAGGGUCCCACCCUCCGAUGUCACAAGCCCUUGAAAUAAACGUGGUGUGCAGAGGGACAGCCUGACAGCCCGCGGAGGGUUUGGGGGCCCCCAGCUGCGUGGCUGGGUCCCGAGCAGCCGGUGGGACUCCGUGCCCCUGGUGCCCCCCAGUGCUCAUGGCUCCCUUCACGACCAACGCUGUCCUGAGUCAUCCUCGGCUGCCUUCCAUGACCCUGGAGCGGAUCUUCAGGCCACCUGCUUCGAUGGGCCGAAGCUGGGCAAGAGGCAGGAGGCCUGGGUGGGGCCCGGAAGGAAUGGGCUGCUGCUCCCGGCACCAGGGAGGCUGUGUGUUGUCCCAGGCCAGCUGCCCUCCCCUGGGCCCCUGCCAAGCCCUAAGUAGGAGAGACAGCCAGGGAGGACUUCCUGAAAGAGGCGGCAUGGUGGGACUGGAACCCAGGAAAGCCAGCUGCCUAGGCUAGGGCCCUGGUGGCCUCUGGAGCGUGCACGGGCGGUGGCCACGGUUCACUGGAUAGGCCAUCUUGUGGGGGGGGGGCUGACGGCAGACCCCAGAAGGAGACGCGGUGGGGAGAGAGGCUUCAGCAAACAGGGUAGAGAGAGCGAGGAAGACCCGCUCCCUGGCAGGUGAGACCCUCCGUCCACCUCUCAAAGGCACCCAUAGGGUUGGAGGAAUUGGGGGGGCCUCUGGUCUCGACACCCGGUGGGCAGAGGAUGCCAGGAAGAGCCUGGGGACCGCCCAGGUCAGGUGCAGGGGGAGGGGCCCCCGGGGGUGGCGCUGUGUUCUGGCCCCCCAGUGCCGUAUGCCCAACUCUGGCUGGGUUUCAUAAUGUCGUUGCCUUAAUGCACGUGGACGGAAAUUCACCGAGGUCGCCCCAGGCCCCCGGCGUCUGCCCGGCACCGCACCCUGCCCCCUCGUCCAGGGGACCGGCGCUAUGGUCGGACGCAGAGCGGGCAAUGGACCAGGAACCGGCCCUGUGCCCGCCGGGACCCUCCUCACCCCGUCCCGCGCCUGCCCCUGCCGCUCGCUGCCCCGCGGCCCCCACCCGUGCUGCUGCCUUGGCCGUCUGCACUUUGUUCAUGCUCCAAAGAAUUCUUCAUUUGCCUUCAGUACUGACGUGCCCUUCCGACCACGUGUAUGCACCCCUGCACCACAGCCGCCGGGCCUUUCUGUUUCGUGAAUGUGUCACCACCGCACACUCGACCCUCGACUCGCGCAUUGUCCGUUUUCUAGGGAUAGAUGCCCAGGGAAUGAACUCUAGUUUUGUACGGACCAGCCGAGACACUAACUUCUCAACUCACUGUCCGCUUCACACUUGUCCCCGAGAAUGGGGCCUGGCCUGGGUUUGCCCGGCGACUUCAGGGGUGGAAUCCGGCAGCAGGGGCGCAUGUGAAAAGUUCCGGGAAGUUCUACUGCCGCGGGGACCUGUCCGGAAGCCCAGUGGGCCUGUGCACUUAGUAAAACACGGUGAUUCAACCUGCA